AUGGAUGAGCUUUACAUUUACCGACCAUUCAAAUCAUCUCAACCACCUGUUCUAGCACCUAUGACCAAACCAUCUCAACUUUCUAAUUUAGAUUGUUGUCCAGUUUGUGCAGCUCUAUGGGAUGAAACCAUCGAUAAAGAAGCUCAUAUUUCAGAAUGUCUACAUGAUGAAAUCUUAUCUGAUCUAUUAGAUGAACCUAUAACUGAUUCAGAAGGUUUACUUCAAGAACCCAUGCCACUUCAUGAUGAAUUAGGUUAUGGUGAUGAUGCACUUGAACUUCAACCUUCUUCUUGGACAACGACCAGUACUCAUCAUAUGUGGAAUAGUAAUUGUACUAAAGAAAAUGGAAAUUCUAAACCGAUUGGGAUUCCAUAUUUAAGAACUCAUCUCUUUAGAUUACUAACCACUUCUUGUAAUGAUGGAGCGAUUCGAUUUGCAACUCUUUGUACUGCAAACGUUUUACAUAUUCGUUCGACUUCAUCUCUUACUAAACUUGGUGUAGGUGAUUCAACUUGGGGUUGUGGUUAUCGAAACAUUCAAAUGUUACUUUCAGCCGUACGACAUGUUAAAGAUUAUCAAUCCUUAUUAUCAUCUCAAUCUGAUUUAAAUCCACCAGCUUCUCCAAGUCAAUCUUAUUAUCCACAUACGCCUCCUAAAAAUUAUAUUAAUGAUGAAGUAGUUGAUAUUCCUAGUAUUCAAACUUGUCAAGUUAUUAUUGAGAAAGCUUGGAAUUUAGGUUUCGAUCCAGAAGGAGCUCGUCAAUUUUCUCAGAAAUUGGUUGGAAAGAAAAAGUGGAUAGGUACCACUGAAGCUUAUGUUGUGUUUACUAGUUUAGGCAUCAGAGCACGAAUUAUUGACUUUCCGAGGCCUACUGGACCCAAAGGGACUCAUAUUGGUUUAACUUCUUGGAUUCGAGAAUACUUUCAUGGUAGGGAAUUUGCCGGGAAUGAAAAUCAUAAUGUUUUUCAAGAGAUCAUGUCUAGUAAGGGAAACGCGAUCAAGCUCACCAAUAAAUUACCAUUAUAUCUUCAACAUUCGGGUCAUAGUCAAACAGUGGUAGGAUUUGAGAUGGAUUCUAAAGGACGUGAGAAUUUGUUGAUUUAUGAUCCUGCUAAAACAGUACCUGCUUCUCUUAAAUCAGCUUCAUGUCAAAUGAUCCAACCACAACCACAAAGAGAAGUGUCAAUCAAACUACAAAACAAAAACCGUUCGUCUCCAUCAAGCACGAACCAAAUCGGAUUAGAAUUAGAAUUAAUUCGAAAAUGCGAAUCUGAAGGUCCUACUGCAGCUGCUGCUUAUCCACCUACUAAGAAAUUCAAAAAAGAAGGCUUUGCACUUCAGAUUACAACUCCAUAUGAUUUCCAACGUCAUGAUCAACUUCUUGCUCCUUUUAGAGUUUGUAUUAAUACGCUUAGUAAACAUGAACAAUAUCAAAUUUUGUGUAUUGAUGAAGGACCUGCAUUAAGUAAAGAAGAAAGCAUGAAUCGUAGAAUUAUUACUUCUACUCGAGUAGAAUAA